GGAGGGAGGGCUCGGGGGGGGCCGGGCUCCGCGCCCCGCUGACAUCACCGGCCCGCCGCCCGCCUUUUAGCACAAGGUCGGGGUCCCCCCGGGCAGAGCGCGGGUCCCGAGCCCAGCAUCGCCCUCGCUCCGUCCGCAGCCGCUUGUGUGCCACCACCGCAGCCAUGGCGAACAAAGGGCCAGCCUACGGCAUGAGCAGGGACGUGCAGUCCAAGAUCGAGAAGAAGUACGACGACGAGCUGGAGGAGCGGCUGGUGGAGUGGAUCGUGGCGCAGUGCGGGGCCGCCGUGGGGCGCCCGGAGCGGGGCCGCCUGGGCUUCCAGGUCUGGCUGAAGAACGGCAUCGUGCUCAGCCGGCUGGUGAACAGCCUCUACCCCGACGGCUCCAAGCCCGUCAAGAUCCCCGACGCGCCGCCCACCAUGGUCUUCAAGCAGAUGGAGCAGAUCGCCCAGUUCCUGAAGGCGGCCGAGGACUACGGUGUGGUCAAGACAGACAUCUUCCAGACCGUGGACCUGUUUGAAGCCAAGGACAUGGCAGCGGUGCAGAGGACGCUGAUGGCCCUGGGCAGCCUGGCAGUCACCAAGAACGACGGGAACUACCAUGGGGACCCCAACUGGUUCAUGAAGAAAGCGCAGGAGCACAAGCGGGAGUUCACCGAGAGCCAGCUGAAGGAGGGCAAGAACAUCAUCGGGCUACAGAUGGGCACCAACAAGGGGGCGUCACAGGCGGGCAUGAGCUACGGCCGGCCCCGGCAGAUCAUCAGCUAGGCUCUCCCGUGCCGCCCCCAGCCCUCCCCAGCCGGGACCUCCGUCUCCGCUCCCCCCGGCCCAGCGCCAACGCCGAUCCAUUGGUAUUUAUUGAGGAGCAUCCCCCCGCCAGCCCCCGCCCCCGGGCAGCCCCUGCCCCGGCCUCGCACCCCCGGGUGGGACCCUGGGGUGGCCCCCGGGGCCACCGCCCUGCCCGCACCAGCCCCGCGCCACCGCCGCAGAGAUCCCUGCAAUGGGGAGAAGAGAGAAUCGGCCUCGGUUUUGUACUUGGUUUUUGUCAAAAUUAAAAGGUUAUAUUCAUCUA